AUGAGUCACGAGAUUGUUCCCUAUGGGAAGGGCAAGGGCAAGAGCAUCGAUGAUGCGCAGCUGCGAAAGUUCACAAAGCGCACCGUUGACUAUGGGUCUGACGUGGUGCGAUGGCUGGAGGACUGCAUGGGCCGUCGGACUAGACCGCGCCUGCAAAGACACUACACCUACACCAAAGAGCUCGUACCUCCCUUCGCCAUGCCGCAGAACCCCUACGACGGCAUCUGCCCACGCUUCGUCUAUGCGGCCGUGAACAAAAAUAGGUCGCCGGUCUAUGUGGCUACAUGGUUUCCAAACGGCCGCCGUAUUCUCACCGGUACGCUCGCCGGCGAGAUGACCAUUUGGAACGGUCUGGCAUUCCAUUCCGAGAAUGUCAUGCAAGCCCACAAUGCCGGAAUAAAAGCGAUGUGUUGGACCCCAGAUGAGGCUGUCAUGGUGAGCGGGGACCAAUUAGGCAUGAUCAAGCUGUGGGAUCCUUUCAUUUACAAUUUCCAGACCUUCCAGGGCCACAAGGACUCAGUUUGUGACAUUGCAGUGGCUCCCACGGGUGAGAAGUUCUGCUCAUGUGCGGACGACUCGCACGCGAAGGUAUGGGACUUGAAAACGGGCGAUGAGGAGCGUGCUUUCACGGGUCACGGUUGGGACGUCAAGUGCUGCGCAUGGCAUCCGACAAAGGGCCUGGUCGCAACCGGCUCAAAGGACUCUCAGAUUAAGCUCUGGGAUCCCCGGGCAUCUGAAGCGAUUACCACAAUCUUCUGCCACAAGAAUACGGUCACACGUGUGGCCUGGAGCCCACAUGGCCAGUGGCUAGCAAGUGCCUCUCGAGACCAGCUGGUCAUGCUGAUGGAUGUGCGGACGAUGAGCGUGCGAAAGGUUUUCAAGGCCCAUCAGAAAGAGGUUACUUCGUUGUGCUGGCAUCCAGAGUCUGAUUCCUUGCUGGCGUCCGGUGGCUACGAUGGUGCCAUCCAUUUCUGGGGCAUCCGGAGCUCCUCGCCAUUGGAGAGUUUGCCGCUAGCACAUGAAGGUCCAGUUUGGUCCUUGGCGUGGCACCCCAUGGGCCAUCUGCUGGUGAGUGCAUCGAACGAUUACUCCACCCGCUUUUGGUCGCGUGCACGGCCUGGUGACACUUCCUUCAGCGAUUUGCUGCCCAAGCGUGUUGGCUUGGGUGCCAGCGACGCUGCAGCCGUAGGCCCCACUCCACCUGCGGGCAAGGCAGAGGACGUCUUACAGGCAGGCAUCUUCGCGCAGCUGCCAGCGCCUCCGCCCACCCCUGAGCUGCUGGCCAUCCUGAAUGGGACCCUUGCUUUGGCACCACCGCCUGAGCCGGAGCCCACUGAGGAGGAGGUUGACGCAAGCAAGGAAGACACCGACAGCACUCCGAUGAUUGGACUUUCGCUUGGAGAAGGUCCGAAUGCCAAGAGUGUCCUGGACACGACAGAUUUCGAUGCAGAGGAGAAGGCCGAGAAAGCAAAAAGAGUCAAAGCAGAGCCAGAGGAAGAGAAGGCAACCCCCAGACCGGUGAAAACUGAGGAGCAGGCGGAGCAGGCGGAGCAGGAUGGAGGGGGGGCCGCUGUCAGCGUGGCAGCUCAAGUGCCAACUGCGGUGAGCGAGGAGCCCCACGCCUUGACAGCCAAGGCGGCCGGUGGAUCCAUGUCCAACAUCACCCUUCAGAUUCCUUCAGUGUUCUUUGCACGUUUCGCCGAUACCAAACUGAAGAUGGGCCCCUGCCUUCUGAAGCUUUCUGCGGUUGCUAAGCGUCAGCACGAGGAGCACGGGCCCAGAGACUGGCUUCGCUGGUCUCCAGCGCACCUGGUCUGCAUCCAGUAUGUUUACUCGCCAAGGAACAACGAGGAUGUCAGCAAAUGGCCGUUGCAAGAUGUGCAGCCAGAGGCCAAAGAUGGGCAAGACAGUCCGGCCGCCCAGUCCGCAAGGAAGAAGGCGCGGCAGCCAACGAAAAGUGAGAAUGGAUACUACACAGGUUGGGCUGCAGCCGAGUCUGGGGAUCUGGAUUCUCGGGACAGCUGCAUGCUGGCGUGCUCUUCAGAUCCAGCCUGCACAUUCAUUGGCUUCAAGAAAGGCAUUACAUGUUCUCGCUUUGAUGCCACUGCCGGCGCCUGCCGGCAGCUGCGGUACGCAAACGACGGCUAUGCAACUUACCAGAAAAUUGUGACGUGUGACUGGUCCUAUGCUGUGGUGCAAACAGGCUGGAGGUGCUCGCAGAGUUAUGAGGACUGGAGAGGUGGCUCCAAAGAAGCUAUGCUUCGCUUCUGUGCUUCCACAUCGUUUUGCAAAGGCCUCCAUUGGUUCAACGAGGGCGGAGAUAUUCGAAACGUCUCCAAAGGGUGGUUUCAGGCUUGCACGGGCCUCGUCUCUGCAGGGCGCUUCAAGCCGUGGAGCAUUCUGAUCAAACCCCAAAGCUGUUCUGAGCCGGCUGACCUGCGGCCGCUGACCAAAGUGUCAGUGCCAAGCAUCUGCGCACCGCAGGCCAACUUUGGUGCUGACAAGCAAAGCACAGAUUCAGCACCAGCAAGCAGCGUCGACUUCGUCAUCUCCGCCUUCAAUGAGGACCUGAGCUUCGUGGAGCCGAUGAUGGCGAUCGCUGGGCCUGGUGUUACCUUGAAGCUUUACUGCUCCGGCGAGCAAAGUCUCGAUUCUCGAUGCUUAGCAGUGCCGAAUCUUGGAGGGGAAAACGCUGUCUACUUGCAUCACAUUGUCCAGAAUUACGAUUCCCUGGCCGAUAUCACCGUAUUUAGCGUCGGCAGCAUCAUGAGAAAUGAGAACAAUCAGCUCCUGUGCAGGAAGCUGAACUACGUCCUGUCGCAGCUGCAGCCAAGCCAGCGCGAGAGGUUUGGCCAGUUUUCCACCAUGGCUCACACCUUCCCAGGAGAGUUCAAUCCUUUCAACCCUGCAUUUGACAUCGAGACGUAUGACUCCCAAAAAUGGGGAGUCAUCCGUCUUUGCAAUGCUUCGGUGAGACCGCUUGGUACUUGGUAUCAGCGCUUCGUGGACCAGGAUCUGAAAAGGCCAACCUGUGCCGGCGUCCUCUUCAACGACAUUUUUGCAGUUCGGGCAGAUCGCUUGCGCAUAUGGCCGCGAUCAAAAUACGAAGCCCUGCUGGCCGAGAUGAGCCGAUGCGGUGAUCUUCGUUCAGUUGCAGAUCAUUAUAUGGAGCGAAGUUGGAAAGCAAUGCUGGACAGAGGCGAAGGCAUGGGCUGUGAUCGAUGA